CAGCCGAACUGCUCAAAAGUUUCGGUCCGCCUGAUAUUGCACUGAUUGUGCAAACUUGUUUGGGCGUGACCGUUGUAAGCAGCUGACCGGGAGUGAGUGAGUCAGCUGAGCGGCUCUGAAACUUCGGCUUGUUCAGUAUUGCACUAGAGGUGCAAAUACCCUUGUCUCUAGAAGAUCAAUCCUCUUCAGAUGCAACUGUUCCAAAGUUUCUCAUUAUACUGGAAUCUGGAGUGAAGAGCAUUAACACAUGGAUUGAGAAAGAAGGGCAAAUAGAGGCAUUGUUAAUGACGUGUGCAGCAGUAGACCAGAAUAAGGGAGACCUGUAAUAUGUCUAUAAUUUUUUUUCUGAGACUUUAAAUUGUAUAACAAAGAUCCUGGCAGAAUCUGAGGGGGUGCAGGUUCUCCAGUUUAAGGGACCUGUCCCCCUCAGAUGCUGUUCCUCCAGCUUUGUAGUUAACCUCAGUCUAAAUAUACUAUUCCUACAGCCUCCUUGACACUCAUCAGGAGGAAGCUUUCUCAGUUAUUAGAUUCCCUUAUAUUUAAUAUGAGUCAAAGCAGUGGUCCUAGCCCCCGGCUUGUAGACUCCCCUCUGUUACUCCAGAGUACGGAGCUACUAUGCAGUUUGGGUUCUUCGGAACCCGAUCGCAUACACCAUCCAGAUUCACUUACUCCCUCACCAAAGACUCUGCCACCAUCCCCUAUUCCCCAGACAUCUGUCUCUGGAGACUGGGAGAGUCGUGAGGAACUGCGCUUGAGAGAACUGGAGGAAGCACGAGCUCGGGCUGCUCAGAUGGAAAAAACAAUGCGCUGGUGGUCAGACUGUACAGCAAACUGGAGGGAAAAGUGGAGUAAAGUAAGAGCUGAACGCAACAAGGCAAGAGAGGAAGGUGUGCAGCUCAGAAGCAGACUUGAGAUUCUGAGCAAAGAACUGAGUGCUCUGAAAAGAGAAAGACAAGAAGCUGCAAGUGAGACAGAACAGCUCCGAAGGGAGAUAGAAAGACUAAGAGAAAAUGCAAAAGGUCAAGAGACUAUUGACCAGGAUGCUGAGGAGCCAGUGCGGGAUGUAGAUACUGAGAGACUGAUAAAGAAUAAGGAACCAGAGCUGGAUACCAAUCUACGGCUGGAAGCAUUAGAGCAGCAAAAUGGAGGACACUCGCGUAGUCCAAGACCUCGUCAGUGGGAAGAUAUGAACUCCAGUGAGGAGGACGCAACAAAAAUUACUGCUCUCAAACUGAGGCUUGAUGAGGGUCAAAAGGUGCUGCUCAAGGAGAGGGAAGACAAAUUGCUGCUUAGUAAAGCAAUUGAGAAGAUGGAAGGAGAACUCAGCCAUUGGAAACUAAAAUGCGAUGAGUUAAACAAGUCCCGACAAGAAGUAGUUAAACAGCUCACAUUAUUAAGAGAGAGACAUCAAGAUGAGUUGGGUCGAAUUUCUGAAGAUCUGCAAGAUGAGCUUGGAGUCCGCUCCACUAUGGACAAGAAGUUAGCAGAGCUCCGGGCUGAGAUGGAGGGUCUACAGGCUGAGAAUGCAGAAGAGUGGGGACGCCGUGAGCGUCUGGAGACUGAAAAGUUGAGUUUAGAACGUGACAACAAAAAGUUGAGGCUUCAGAUCCAAGAUUUAGAAGAGAUUCUUACUCGGAAGAGACGGCAGACAGCCAAUGCACUUGAUACAGAUCUGAGGUCAAUCCAGGCUGAACUUUUUGAGAAAAAUAAGGAACUGUCAGAUCUGCGCCACAAUCAUGCCAAGCUCAAAAAGCAGCACCAUGAAAGAAGUGCAGAACUCACUCAUGCCACUCGUCGGAUGGAACAGCUGGAGAAUGAGGUGAAAAAACUCCGUUUGAGGGUGGAAGAGUUAAAGAAAGAACUGGGGCAGGCAGAGGAUGAGCUGGAUGAAGCACAGAACCAAAUUCGAAAGUUGCAGAGGUCCUUGGAUGAGCAAACUGAGCUGAAUGAAAACCUACAAGUACAACUGGAACAUAUGCAGUCCAGGCUGCGGAGACAACAGAACCCACCUAUGUUCGGGAAGCUACGUACUUCUAGGUUUGGAAAUGAUGAGGCUGGUGAGACAGGCAGCGACCUGGACGAGGAAGAUCUUCAAAUCCAAAUUCCCUAAGAGCUUUUGUGGGUCACAAUUACAGUCCCACUUUUGAUAGGGAGCAAGCCUUGUAUUUCAGUACAAGUUGAACAUUCUGUGACACACAUUGCCUGAGUAGUGUGGAAAACUGGGGGAGCCAGCUAUGGGUUUCUUUACCAAGGUUAUGUAACACAAACACACAUACAUAUAAAUAUAUAUAUAUAUCUGUGUCAUGAAUUAGUAAAUACAACGAAAAGGGCAGUGGUGUUAUGGGGAGAUAUUCCUAAAGGUAAUAGGACUCAAGAACGCUCAAGCUAAAGUUAAUAUAAUUUAUCCAGUUUUCCUGGAACAUUUAUGGUCAAUAUUUUACUGUUAGUGAUCAGUCUGAACAUAAAUUAAAGAAAUGUAAAUCUCUCUGUUAACCCUAUGCUUGAUGUUUUAUAUUUUAAAGCUCUAGUUUCAGUUACUGAAAAUAACCAUAUUGCAUCCUAUUCUGCCAAAUAAAUACUUUUGUGUAAAAAAAAAAAAAAA